AUAUUAUAUUACGUGUAUUGCAGCUGGGGGCUCCUCGUCUUUACUUCACAGCAAAACAUGCUCUUCUUCUACUGCCAACUCCUCCUCUUACCCCUCCUCCUCCUCCAGCCGUCUGCCGAGGCGGCAGCCGGAGCCGUACACGCCGAGGAGCAUCGUGCCCUUAUCUCCCUCAAGUCAGCUCUGUCUGACUCCGUCGCCGCCGCCCUCCCGACCUGGGACGCCGCCACCGACCACUGCUCCUGGCCCGGCGUCUCCUGCGACAGCACCGGAACUGUGAUUUCCCUCGACCUCUCCGGCGGAAACUUCUCCGGGCUCCUCCCCGCCGACGUCACCCGCCUCCGCUCCCUCCUCCGACUCUCCGUCGCCGCCAACUCCCUCUCCGGCCCCAUCCCCGCCGAGCUCUCCCUCCUCCUGUCCCUACGCCACCUCAACCUCUCCAAUAACAUCUUCAAUGGCUCCUUCCCGCUCGCCCUCGCCCGCCUCUCCCAGCUCCGCGUGCUCGACCUCUAUAACAAUAACCUUACUGGACCACUUCCCCGUGCGGUGGAGUCCAUGCCCCUGCUCCGCCACCUCCACCUCGGCGGCAACUUCUUCUCCGGCGCCAUUCCCCCGGAGUACGGCAGCUGGAGAUUCCUCAAGUACCUCGCUCUUUCCGGCAACGAGCUCACCGGCCCCAUCCCCCUCGAGAUCGGUAACCUCACUGCGCUGCGCGAACUUUACAUCGGCUACUACAAUAGCUACCAAGGCAGCCUCCCGCCGGAGAUUGGCAACCUCUCUGCACUAGUCCGCCUCGACGCCGCUAACUGCGGCCUCUCCGGCCGCAUUCCGCCAGAAAUGGGCCAACUCCAGAACCUCGACACCCUCUUCCUUCAAGUGAAUGGCCUCUCAGGCGAGAUUCCUCCGGAACUUGGCCAACUCAAGAAUCUUAAGUCCGUCGACCUCUCCAACAAUGCGCUCACAGGGGAGAUCCCUCCGAGCUUCGCCGAGCUGGGAAACCUCACUCUGCUCAACCUCUUCCGCAACAAGCUCUUCGGUACUAUCCCGGAGUUGAUCGGCAAUCUCCCCCGGCUCGAGGUACUCCAGCUCUGGGAAAACAACUUCACAGGAAGCAUUCCCCGGCAGCUCGGCACCAACGGACGCCUUCAGCUCCUCGACCUUUCGUCGAACAAGCUCACAGGCUCCCUUCCCCCGGACCUCUGCUCCGGCGGCAAGCUUGAAACUCUGAUCGCCCUCGGCAACUUCCUCUUCGGCCCGAUUCCAGACUCGCUCGGCCGCUGCGAAUCCUUGAGCCGAAUCCGAAUGGGAAAUAACUACUUCAACGGGACCAUUCCUAGAGGCCUAUUUCGCUUGCCGAAUCUGUCUCAGGUGGAGUUCCAGGACAACCUCCUCACCGGCGGCUUCCCCGACACUGGCAACUCCACCAUCUCUCCCAAUCUCGGACAAAUUUGCCUCUCUAACAACCGUCUCACCGAGCCUCUGCCGCCGUCCAUCGGGAACUUCUCCGGCCUCCAGAAGCUGCUGCUGAACCAGAACUCAUUCGCCGGCAGCAUCCCGCCGGAGAUCGGGAGGCUGCAACAGCUCUCCAAGUUGGACUUCAGCGGGAACCAGUUCUCCGGCGCAAUCGCGCCGGAAAUUAGCACUUGUAAGCUUCUGACUUUUGUGGACCUCAGUAGAAAUAAUCUCUCCGGCGACGUUCCGGCGGAGAUAGCCGCGAUGCGGAUACUGAACUACCUCAACCUGUCGAGGAACCAUCUCGAGGGCCAAAUCCCGGCGGCCAUCUCCAGGAUGCAGAGCCUGACGGCGGUGGACUUCUCCUACAACAACCUCUCCGGCGUCGUCCCUAGCACCGGCCAGUUCAGCUACUUCAAUGCCACUUCCUUCGUCGGCAAUCCUGACCUCUGCGGCCCUUACCUCGACCCCUGCAAGCCAGGGAUCUCAUCAGCCUCUUCUCGCGCAAAGGGUUCUCUUUCAGCCUCCUUCAAACUCUUGCUCGUCAUCGGCCUUCUCCUCUGUUCCAUCGCCUUCGCCAUUGCGGCCACCGUCAAGGCCCGGUCUUUGAAGAAGGCCAGCGACUCCCGCGCGUGGAAACUCACCGCAUUCCAACGGCUGGACUUCACCUGCGACGACGUGCUCAACUGCUUGAAGGAGGAGAACAUCAUCGGCAAAGGCGGCGCCGGCAUCGUCUACAAGGGCACCAUGCCCGACGGCGAACAGGUGGCAGUCAAGCGACUUCCGGCCAUGCGACUCGGCUCGUCGCACGACCACGGCUUCAACGCAGAGAUACAAACGCUAGGGCGGAUUCGGCACCGGCACAUUGUGCGAUUGCUGGGUUUUUGCUCCAACCACGAGACCAACCUUUUGGUGUACGAGUACAUGCCUAACGGGAGCCUCGGGGAGGUUCUCCAUGGGAAGAAGAGCGGCCAUUUGCACUGGAACACAAGGUACAAGAUCGCCGUGGAGGCGGCAAAGGGCCUCUGCUAUCUCCACCAUGAUUGCUCGCCGCUGAUCCUCCAUCGAGACGUCAAGUCGAACAACAUCCUCUUGGACUCCAACUUGGAAGCUCAUGUGGCCGACUUCGGACUCGCCAAGUUCUUGCAGGACUCCGGCACUUCGGAGUGCAUGUCUGCCAUUGCUGGUUCUUAUGGUUACAUUGCUCCAGAGUAUGCAUACACCCUCAAGGUGGACGAGAAGAGCGACGUCUACAGCUUCGGUGUGGUCCUCCUGGAGCUGGUAACCGGAAGGAAGCCGGUGGGCGAGUUCGGCGACGGAGUGGACAUCGUCCAGUGGGUGAGGAAGGUGACAGGCUCCAACAAGGAGGAGGUGACCAAGAUCGUCGACUCCAGGCUUGACGCAGUGGUCCCCAUCCACGAGGCAAUGCACGUGUUCCACGUCGCAAUGCUCUGCGUGGAGGAGCGGAGCGUCGAGCGGCCGACGAUGAGGGAAGUCGUGCAGAUCCUCGCCGAACUGCCAAACCCACCGCAGAAGCACGGAGAAGAAGAUUCCGCCGCCUGAAAUCUACCCUCCUCGGAGUUGCCGCCUACCCAGGAAGCUCUUUUUCUUCAUCAUCAUCGACAACAACGACAAAGACAACAAGAAAGCUUGACUUCGCAACCGGCCGACCUUGUCAGCGUUUAAGAGUUCCCCUGUUUUUGGAUUUGAAAUCGUUUGACUGCUGCUUGGUUUUGUUUAGUGUGAUGUGCCAGUACUGUAAGGUUUUAUUUUCUUCCAGUAACUAACUAGCUAGCCUAAUAGCAAAGAGCAAUGAUCUCCUGUGAUGGAGAAAUAGAAUGCAAUGGGCUUUGUGUUCGACUUC